CAGGCCAAUGGCAUGGAACCCAAACUCUUAUCAGGUGUGUGGGUACAGGUAUUUCCUGACCAAAUGAACAAACAUAGCAUGAUAUGAUAUUAAUGGAUAUAAGGCUGUAGAUGGUUAAAUAGAUGUAAGAAAGAAAGAAAGAAACCAACAACAAUUGGCCAAAGCCACAGUCAUGCUGAUAUUAAGUGCAUAUAUUGCUAAUGUAGGAGAUAAAGGUGGAGAUUGAUGAGGACGACAGGCGAGAUUCCACCCUGGAGACUGGAACAACCUGUUUUCAUGUUUCAGAAACAGAGAUGACUCCAGCGUGGGGCAAUUAAGGAUAAACUUCCAGCCUUUUUAAAGGUUUGACAUGAUUUAAUGACACUAUGACCCACUUCCUAGCCUGCAUGUUCACAUUGCUCCAGAUAUGUCUGACGCCAUCCCUAGCAAUUCUUUCUCCUCCAAAGAAUCUGACUGUGGGAUUAUUGGAUUUUAAGGCUACAGCUGAAUGGCUUCCUGGGAAAGGAAAUCCUCCUGACAGCAGAUAUACCUUGGAGUUUAUAACUGCACGAAAAAUGUCUGGAGGAAAGUGGAAUUGCUCUCCACACUGCACUAACAUAGCCAUACUUAAAUGCGAACUGACCUUCAAUCUGCAACCUGAGCUUCACUGGAAUUAUUUUGUGAGGGUCAAGACAACACUUAAAAGGGCACGCUCCAACUGGACAACUACAUUAAAGUCUUUCCAGCCAUAUGGAGACACACACCUGAGUUCCCCAGAUGUAAAAAUCUCAACUGAACAAAAGUCCAUUAAAAUUAAUUUUAGUCAUUGUCUGGAAUUGAAACCAGAGAUCAAACCACUGGAAUACCUGCUAUACAUUUUUGAGAACAGUCCUGCAGGGGAAUCAAAGUUUGUAGCACUGAUAUCAACCUCAGAAUCUCCCUACAUUUUCCGUGAUGUGCCAUCUGGCAAGAACUACUGUGUUAGUGUUUCUGCCAGUCAUCAACAAGCCUUGAAGAACAACAACUUCAACACCAACAAAUGUAUAUUUCUAUUAGAUUCUACUAGAAGCUUUAUGCUGGUGUGCAUUGUGGCCAUACUGCUGAUUAUUUUUUCAACUGGGAUUUUUUUGUCUUUUGGUUGUUUUUACCACAUGAGGCAUAAAAACAAGAAUCUCCACAUUCCAAAACAUUUGAUUGUUUUUCCAGGAUAUAAAUGGGUCCUAAAACCAAUCCUUGAGGAAUACCAGCCAAUUACAGUGACACCGCCAAAAACAGCAACGAACACAGAGGGCCAUUUUUCUUCAUGGGAGGAAGACUCCAAGGACGGCUCUCUGUUCUAUCAACCAACAUCCGUCGCUAAUGUCAUCCCACCAGAGCAAGCUGAGGAGGCCGAUACAUCAAAUCAAUGUUAUAAGUACACAAUAGCUAAUGAUAUGGAGGAUAGUGAAGAAAAUGAAAAUGUAAUAUCUGAAAAGAUUGAGGAAAAUAUGCAUCCAGGUAGUGAAUCUGGAUCUUCCUGUGCUUGUAAUUUAAACCAUUUGAGAUCAUCCAGAAUACUACAAACAGUUAUUAUGAACACGUUUGUAAACUCAGAGACGAUUAGAUAUUAUGCAGAAGAAACUCUUUCCUGUUCUUCUGGCAAUAGCUGUGAAAGAGAAGUGCCUGCUGAAGAUGAGGAGGAGGAGGAUGACUUCUUCUUACCUGAUUUCUCAGACAGUGGCUAUGAACCAAGACAAAAGUAUUUAUGAACUUCCAAAUCUCUACUGUGUAAACCAGGGGUGGGGAACGUUGAUCCUGGAGGGCCAUUGUCCUGCAGAGUUUAGC